AUUCUAAACAAUAUUAAGUAAGGUGUGAGGAAAUGACAUCAUCCUUCCUCUCAUUUUUAAGAGGAAAGUCUAAAUUAGGUUGCGUGGUUUGGAAUAUAUUCUCAUACUACUACGUGUCUGGUAUUUAUAAUUUACGAUUCUUUGAAUUAUGUUGAAAUAUACGUUUAUAAAAGGUACUAUAUAAGUUGUGGUUUGUGAAGUUUGGAGCAUAACAAGAGCCAUGGCAAUCGUAACUAAGUUAUACACCUGUGGAAUAUGUGUUUGUCUACUCGUGCAGUUCUUGUAUGCUGCUAUACUCCUCACACCCCAAGAGGUUGGACCCGGCGUUUGCAUCGAUAAAAACGGAAAUAAACACGAAUUAAAAGACGUUUGGACGGAUAACGACAGAUGCGAACGGCACAAAUGCGUCAUGAUUAGAGGAAUUCGACAUAUAAAAACUUACAGGUGUGGAGUUAUCGAUGUUCCCGAAGGAUGUAAAAUGAUACGAGGGGAAGGACCUUAUCCUCAAUGCUGUCCGGAUAUCGAAUGCUAACCUGUCGCCAUCUAGUGCGGAAAAUUUUAAAAAUUUCUUCUACACCGGAUAUAAAAAACUAUAAACGGAUGUACGUCACCAGAUAUAUGUAAAUUAUAUUGUAAAGCACGUGCGAUACACGCUAAUGGUUGGGUGGAGAAUUGAUGCUUUGCAGAUUCUACAUUGUAUUUAUAUAUAUAUAUAUAUAUAUAUUAUUUCUUUUUUCUAGAAAAAAAAAUGGAGAAUAUG